AUUUCCCUUGCUGGUUUUUAACCACUAAACCCUCCACGGUAUUUAUAUUUUUCACGUCUCCACCACACACACACACAUCCCCUUCCCGUGUUCCCAGUGGGUUCUCCGCCAGCUUCCGGCCGCUCCUCUGGUUUGAGUAAACCGCGGAUUCUGAAAUCCGCUCCCGUUGCUGGAGAAUGUGCGAGCAGCUUCCGGCAGCUUGGUGAGCAUCCAGCCAUGCCGACGCUGCACGGAGCCAUUCUGUUUAUGAGGCCUAGUGCUUAUCAAGAACUGAAAUCCUUCCCAAAGAACACAGCUGGUUCGUUUAACAGCUGCUUAGGUUGCAAUGCAAUUUAUAGUUCUUCUGAAGGCAAGCCACACAUUGUUCCUAGCUUCGGAUUUAACUUUACCAGAGCCAGCCAUUAUCUGUACAGAAGCUUAAGUGAGAGAACUACAAGGCAUUGGCUGCACCGAUUUCAUGUUAAUGCUUCAUCGGACGAGGACUUCCGCUCAUCGCGUAAUAUAGCAACCAGCCUAUUCAAGCAGUAUAAGAAUGUCAUUGACCGAGGAGGUGGAGAUAACAUAAAAGGUUUUGUCAAUGCUGGAGUGCAAGCAUAUGCCCUAGGCUGUACAGAAGAGGGCCUUAGAAUGGAACUUAUGGAUAUAAAGAAAUCUGGUAUCGAAAUCGAGAGCCUGCGGUCCUAUGGAGGAGGAACAAGUUUGAGCUUCAAAGUCCAUUCCUUUGAGGUAAAGGAAUGCAUUCUGUGGCUCAGUAUAGUGUUCAUUACAAUACUGUGCACACCGCAGCCAACAAUCAUCAGAUGGUCUACUACCCCACCAGUGUCAACCGAUGUCUUGCAUCAAUGGAAAGGAUUUUGUGCCCUGAUAGCAAAUGCUUACUAUACCAAAGGAAUGGCAUGGUUGCCGGUGAAAACUUUGCAGCUAGAACAAAUGGCCGUCAUGGGCAGUUCGGAGGAGCCAUCGGUGGUAGCAAGUCGGAUGCAAUUAGUUUUCAGUACAUUAGAGGUAGUUAGCCCACAAUGGCCAAGAGUGUGAUGGAAUGAAACCAAUAUGAUCAUACAAAGCUCUGCAAGUUUACAGGACUCAUGCCCGUCCCAGGGCCAUGAAUCGAAGGCACGAAACUUCUUUGAUGUGCAGUUGUGAACGCAGACCAGAAAGAGCUGUCGUUUUCUUAUAAUGUACUGAGAUUCUUAUUGGUUGAUACAUGUAUAUAGAACCUACAGCUUCUGUAAAUCUCCCUCAGUUGCAAUAUAAUGGAAGUAAUCAUCAAUAUAGUAGAUGCCACUUUUUUGCUGUUUAA